GAGUGCAGGACCAGAGCAGCUUGUUAGCUCACUGCGGCUGUGGUAAAUCUAGUGAUCUGUCAGCUAGCUGCGACUACUAGCAGCUGCCAAAAGUGAGCUCUCCGCACGACAAGGGUCAAAACUUGGGAGACUUUAAGACGUUUUCUCUGUCUACUGCUGGGAUAUAUAUUACUUUCAAAUCAGCGAUGGAUGUGUUUACAUCAUGGUGUUGCACAUGCUGGUGCCGAGGUAGGGAAGGCUAGCUAGCAUCAGCUAAGUUAGCUGGUCGGUGUGGACUAUACUGCGGAGAGAGAAGAGCCCGGGCCCGCCUCAGACUAAAGUACCGGCAGCAGCUGCUCAACUAGAAGUUUGUCAAGGGCCUUUUUACUACUCCGCUGCCUGGACACGAGAGAGGCCGAGCGGCUGUCAGAGAGAGAAGACACAGGAGGAGAGCAACAGUCUCCCCUGCGCUCCGUGAACGGAGACCGGGGACGCAGCUGGAGUCCCGGGGACAGUCUCGCCUUGGUUGUGACACUUUUUUGGGCAAGAGAGAGAGGAAGAGGAACGAUAUGGAAAUGAACUAUGACGGUACGUGUUUGAGUCACAUCCCUCAGCUGUGAAUUACUUCGCAAGAUAUAAAUCCUGCGCUAAGUUGUAUGAGGGAGCAGACGGACUUGACGCAGAUAGCCAACAUGUCGAAAAUGCCAGCAAAGAAGAAAAGUUGUUUCCAGAUCACGAGUGUGACGCAGGCUCAGGUGGCGGCCAGCAGCAUCACCGAUGACACCGAGAGCCUGGACGACCCGGACGAGUCCCGUACAGAGGACGUGUCAUCUGAAAUAUUUGACGUUUCCCGGACCGACUUGGGUGUGUGUGACAUGAGCUCAUCCGAGGAAACCUUAAACAAUGUCGCGGAGACUCAGGAGGGCCAGCCUCCCACCACAGGACCUGUGAACGGGGCACCCUCUCAUAAAAGUUCAGCAACUGGUCGUGUCACCCCACAAAAUGUAGGAGGCAGUGUACCGACAUCAGCCACCCAUCCACUGACACACAUCAACACGGUCCCUGCUGUCUCCACCAGCGUGGCUCCCGCAGCUCCUGUGAGUGCCAGCUGUAGUUCCCGAUUCAGAGUCAUUAAACUUGACCAUGGUUCCGGGGAGCCCUUCAGGCGGGGCAGGUGGACAUGCACUGAGUUCUAUGAGAGAGAUUCAGAUUCAAAUGUUAAUCGGACUGUGGAUAGCAUUAGACCAACUUUAACUCUAGAUCACAGUAUAGACAGGGACAGCGGGCAUGGGACCACAAAUAACUCUGUGGUUACUAGCAGUUCUUUUACUGUACAGCCUUUAGAGAAUAACGUCGAUAGUAGCUCCUCUCUUGGGCAACCUGCCCACCUCACCCACCAUCAUCCAUCAGAUCUUCAGCAGCAUGGCUACAGUUCUGCUCCCCCGAUUGGCAAUGGAGCAAGUGCCUUCCAGCCCACAGGAUACACAAGUGCAGCAUCACCACAAUCACAACAGGCUCAGGUCAAUAUGCAGCCUGUUGCUCACCAAAAUGUCCCCUCUAACGGCCACAAUGGUGUGCACCAAGGUGCCAUGCAGCAGAAAUCUCCUAUUUUGUCUACUGCUAUGCAGCCCCAACAGUUUGCCUUUUCUACUCAUCCCACUGGCCUUGCGGUUGGUCAGCUGGACUAUCGUCAGCAGCACUUUGGCUCAAGCACUCAGAACCUUCCAAUCACAAACCUCCCUUUGGUGCCGCUAACCAGCCAGAUAGCCUCAUCUCUGAGCAACACAGCAGCCAUGGCCUCAAUCUAUCUAGGAAGUGGCCUGCCUGUCGGCCAGACCCAGCCCUCAGGAGGGAUAGGUAAUGCCCCUGCACCUUCCAUCACCACCCCUACUACAUCCCACAACGGUUCUAAGAAUGUGCCUUCCACAGUGCCCAGUACUACCAACAUCCCUCAGAGUGUACCAAGUCAGGCGCCUGGCAUGGGAGGACUUGCACAGCCCCUUGGAGGAGCCACAACAGGCCUCCCCUCCAGCUUUAUCAACCAGGCAGAAGAUAGUAGGCAGAAGUCUGAGGCCCCACCUCAGCCUUUUGCUGUUGUGAUGCCAGGAAAAGAUGGUGUAAAGCCUUUCAUCAGCGAGGCCCUCAAUCUGCCCACUCCUGCCGUCAACAGUCUGUUUGGCAUCCAUAUUACUAUGGAUGGUAAUGUGGAUGAGGACAGUGCGUCUGGUGCCAGCGUCGUUGCCAUCGAUAACAAGAUUGAGCAGGCAAUGGACUUGGUAAAGAGCCACCUGAUGUAUGCCGUUCGCGAGGAGGUGGAGGUUUUGAAGGAGCAGAUCAAAGAGCUGUAUGAGAGGAACUCAAUGUUGGAGCGCGAGAACGCCGUGCUGAAGUCACUGGCCAACUCAGAGCAGCUGAAUCAGCUCUCCAGUCAGACCAGUCCGAGCAGCAGCAGCAGCAGCAGCAGCACAGUGCCAACGCUCCAAAACCAACCCCCGCUCAUCACAAACAACAAUAACAACAGCCCCUUAGUUCACCACGAUAGCAGUCAGAAUGUCCCUCAUCAGCCCAACAUCUCCUCAGCGUGAGCCCCUUCCUUCAGUAUAUGCGUUCAAACACACACACAGCUCCCAUGGUCAGGAGUGGAAGAUCCUGUUUGACAAAGACAACAACUACUACCAUCCUGUUAGCUCCAUUAAGCAAAAUGGCUCGGCUCUGUACAUUUUGUUCCCUUGUGAGGGACAAUCGACAACAACAACAUUUUUCUUUUUCACAGAGAGCCGUGCCUCAGUGUGUGCACGCUGCAGGCCUUCACGUUAUUAAGACAUAUAUACCAACCACUGAAAAGUCUUAUUCUGGUCCUGUGUGUGGCUGCAGGAAAGGAAAUAAAGGAACGGGGUAGAGGUGUUGGUCCUUACCAUAUAACUGCAUGCUGUUAUUGUGCAGGUGACGGGGGUAAAAGGGCACAGAGGGCUUGAUUUGCUCGGGCAACAAGUGAUUGAAGAGGACGACGCCUCUGUGAAGGAGUGAUGAUGUGGGUCCUGUAAAACAUCCAGCAGGUGCUGUCCUCCCACUGUCUCACCUCCCAUCACUCCAGGGUUGGAAGCCAGUGGACUGAGGAAGACCUGGGAGGAUUUGUCUUCUCUGAGCAGAAGAGGGCGCUACGUCAGCUUGAGUAGAGCGAGUCAAGAACCUCAGCUUGUUAAAUGCUGCAAACAGAGCUUAUGUUGUUUUUCUCAGAGCCACCAUACUUUGUCAUGAAUCGUAAUACUUUUUAAUUAGUUCAGUUUUAGUAUUUGCAUUUAUUUAUUUCAGGGCUGCUAUUUUCAUAAUGUAAAUGAACAAUGUCAUUGAGAUACUUAUUAAAGCAAAAAUAAGAGAAAAACAUCUCUUUUGUCCUUUGGUAUUUUAGAAUGUGGUUUCAGUUAUUAAAUUUGGUCACAACAAGUAGGCAAUAAGUUCCGCAUUACAAAAUGAUUCUUGUCACAAGAUAGUGCUAACACUAAGGCUGAGCUUGCUUUAGGUGAUAUCCAGGUUGAAUGUAUAUUUUGUAAAGUAUUACACGUGAGGAGGGUUUGUACAGGUGAACAACAUUUAAGAUAUGAAAUAUGUGAUGGGAUGUUUCGAUAAAGAAACAAAUAAUUUACUUUUUCUAUAGACUGUCAAAACAAACGUAAAAACAAAAAUGAAUUUCGGGUGUGGUUAAGGGGAUGAAAAGCUGUGAAAAUGGUUCAACCUACUUUAUAACCAAAGACGCAAAGCUGUGUACGAUUAUUCCCCCCCCCCCUUUUUAAAUGCACAAUUUCGUAUUAUUUUCUACUCUUUCUCCAUCCUAUAUUUUUGCUGUUUUGCAUGUUCUGCAUGAUCUAUAAUCAGACCACUGUCUUACCUCAUGUUGUUAUCCAGCCCUCUUAUUUUUCUUGUCAAGCUGUCAGUCUGUGAAUGUUUGUAAGGAUUUAUGAAAGAGAAAGGGAACACUGGGCGGAAAGGUGGUGUAAGUGGUCUAAGGGUAAGAUUUAAGAAUGAUAGAAAAGCUGUUGGGAGUGGCCUUGUGCACAAAAUAUUGUCAAGAAAAGGAGCCAUCUUUUUCAAAUGCAGAGAUGGUUGUAUUCCAUAGCUCAUUUUAAUGUAAAUUUAACGAAUGCAGCAUUCAGAUUUUUAUUGUGGCGUACAACACUUUGCUUGCAAAGACGAAGAACAACGGAAACUAUGAAACAUUUUCACACUUUAAAGCUGGAACCCAGUCGAUUGUGUAUGAGCAUAUUAUGGGAUGUCCCGUCUAUGUCACGUCUUUGUGCCUCCUUUGCCGUCGUCUGCUGUCGUCAGGCGAUCCGGUUUCUUUCUCUGUGGCUUAGAACCAAACCAAAAUGCUUGGUAAUUGUACAAUCAGUCACUUUUUGAAAUGAUGGACUCUGUGAUUUCUUUGUUUUCCAAAUGGGCUUAUUUCCUGUCUCUUUGUUUUUAUUUUCUUUUGUUUUGAAGGAGAUGCCAUGUACAUGCCAAGUGUACUGUAUGAAAGUGAUCACUGAGCCUAGGAGAAAAUAUCUUAAUGCCCCUGUAAUGUGCUGUUCAGACAAUUUUAGUUUUCAGUCAGAAAUAAAUUACUGUUUCAUUAA